AGAAAACAGAGCAAAACAAAAUUGAGUUUCUCAGAACCCUCGUUUUCCCUUCCUCUGUUUCCCUCUGACAAAAAGAGUAAAGGGAUAAAUAUAACCAAAAUAGUAAUUCACUUAUCUUUAAUUCCAAGUGUGUUUUUGACAUUGGAGGAAAGUUUGGCGGCUAUAAUGGCGAAGCGAGAGCUCUCCAGUACUUUGAGAGGCUUGAAGUUCAUGCAAAGGGCAGCUCAGAGAGAGGAGAAAGUUAAGAAAGAAGAAGAGGUUAAACCUGAAGGCAGUAGUACUAUUACUAGAAAAUGUGUGGUCAUUAUGGAAGGGGAUCCCCAUCCAGGAGCAAUUGUUGGGCGGAUGUCAUUUCAAAGUUUCAAUCCGUCUAUUGAUAAACUGAAUGAAGAAGCAUCAAAUGUGUGUCGGCCAGAUGCCUCUGGUGGAAGAUCUUUGUCUGGUGAUAAUGGAUCUGCAUCUGAAGCAGCUGACUGCUCAAAAGUCAGUACAGAUAAUGGAGACCUUAAGAGAAAACAGUCUAACAUAGAUUCUGACCCACAGUAUCCAAAUAAAUCACCUAAAGAUGGUCAUGGAGUUCAACUUUCAUCAAGCACUAGUAAAGUCUCCUCCAAAAAGCAGUCAAAGCGUGAGAAACUGGACUGGAAUGUUCUCAGGCCACCAAAGUCUAGUAGGUGAUCAUAAUUAGGAAAUUGUGUUCACCAUUAUGAGCCCAUUAAUAUUUCUUUUCAAGUCCUAUAAUUGAAUAUGUAACCCUGUUGUCAUAUUAUUGAAGCUCAGCUUUCUUAA